GCCAGCCUGUUAGUCAUUACUAUAUUCAGGGGCUCGGGGCCAGCACCAUUCACACUUUCCUCUGCUCUGCAGCAGACGAACUGAGCUCCUCUCAUCCUUGUGUUCCUUCUCCCCCACCUCUCAAAAACUCUUCUCCGAGGGAGGAACUGCUAUAUCUUGGGGAUAGUAUAGCUUUAAGGAAACUUCUGGCAGAUGUUGAUGUCCUAACAUCUGGGCAGUGUUAACAGAAUCCUGGAGUCCCGGACAGACCGGGAGCCACUCGUUCUAGGAAUGUUAAAGUAGAUGUUUUUCUGACUAAUGAGAGGAGCAGAAAGGAAGGAGAAAGAGAAAGAGAAGGAGAGAGAGCACAGAAAAACCCCAACAACAGAUCCUGCAUUUCUGCUCCCUCUCACUUUUGGAAGUUCAUUGACAGCUGAUUUCUGGAAGUCAUUUUUCUUUGCCCGGGUACUUCUGGCCACAUCCCUCUAUUCCUCUCACCCUACCUCCACCACCGCCCCAACUUCCCCACUUUUCAAGGAUGGCCCUUCAACUAACUCAAAGAGGAGCUCUCUCUCUGCUGCUCUUCCUCACUCCAGCCGUGACGCCAACGUGGUAUGCAGGUUCAGGCUACUACCCAGAUGAAAGCUACAAUGAAGUAUAUGCUGAAGAAGUCCCCCAGGCCCCCGCCCUGGACUACCGAGUCCCCCGAUGGUGUUAUACAUUAAAUAUCCAGGAUGGAGAAGCCACAUGCUACUCACCGAGAGGAGGAAAUUAUCACAGCAGCCUGGGCACUCGUUGUGAGCUCUCCUGCGAUCGGGGCUUUCGGCUGAUUGGACGGAGGUCGGUGCAAUGCCUGCCAAGCCGCCGUUGGUCUGGAACUGCCUACUGCAGGCAGAUGAGAUGCCACGCCUUGCCGAUCAUCACAAGUGGCACCUACACGUGCACAAAUGGGGUGCUUCUUGACUCCCGCUGUGACUACAGCUGUUCCAGCGGCUACCACCUGGAAGGUGACCGCAGCCGAAUCUGCAUGGAAGACGGGCGAUGGAGUGGAGGCGAACCUGUAUGUGUAGACAUAGACCCCCCCAAGAUCCGUUGUCCCCACUCACGUGAGAAGAUGGCAGAGCCAGAGAAACUGACUGCUCGAGUGUACUGGGACCCACCCCUGGUGAAAGAUUCUGCAGAUGGGACCAUCACGAGGGUGACACUUCGGGGCCCUGAGCCUGGCUCUCAAUUUCCUGAAGGAGAGCACGUGAUUCGUUACACUGCCUACGACCGAGCCUACAACCGGGCCAGCUGCAAGUUCAUUGUAAAAGUACAAGUGAGACGCUGCCCAACUCUGAAACCACCGCAGCACGGCUAUCUCACCUGCACCUCAGCAGGGGACAACUAUGGUGCCACCUGUGAAUACCACUGUGAUGGAGGUUAUGAGCGCCAAGGGACCCCCUCCCGAGUCUGCCAGUCCACCCGCCAGUGGUCAGGGUCACCACCCGUCUGUGCUCCUAUGAAGAUUAAUGUCAAUGUCAACUCGGCUGCUGGCCUUCUGGAUCAGUUCUAUGAGAAACGGCGACUCCUCAUCAUCUCAGCCCCUGAUCCCUCCAACCGAUACUAUAAAAUGCAGAUCUCUAUGUUACAGCAAUCCACGUGUGGACUGGAUCUGCGGCACGUGACCAUCAUCGAGCUGGUGGGGCAGCCACCUCAAGAGGUGGGACGCAUCCGGGAGCAACAGCUGUCAGCCAACAUCAUCGAGGAGCUCAGGCAAUUUCAGCACCUCACUCGCUCCUACUUCAACAUGGUGUUGAUUGACAAGCAGGGAAUUGACCGCGAACGCUACAUGGAACCUGUCACCCCCGAGGAAAUCUUCACAUUCAUUGAUGACUAUCUACUGAGUGACCAGGAGCUGACCCAGCGCCGGGAGCAAAGGGACAUGUGCGAGUGAACUUGAGCCGGGGCAUGGUUGAGGUUCAGGGGAAAAUCCCCCCCCCCCCAAUCAGCCAAAACUGGGGCCUAAUAAAAGGGGAAAAGGACUCUUAGGGACUCUUGAGGUGGGUAAGUUUCCUUGAUCCUGGGACAUUUCCAGGCACUUUUAAAGAACCAUGUAAUAGUUUCCCUAUGCAAGUCUCUGCUUUAGGUAGCACUGGAGGAACAUAAGAAGCUAGGGAGGGACUGAAGACAGGCCCUGGGAAGCAGGCUGUGGACAGAAGUUCUUGCUUUUCUAACCUGAGCCUCUGCCCUACUCUCCAAAGUCUUCCAGAUAAGUAAAUCCUGAUUUCAUUCUCUA